AUGGAUGAGGCGGAUGGUGGGGAGGAAGAGUCCAAGUUUCAACAUCCUCGUCUGAGGAGAGUCGGGGGUGGGAGUUGCAUUCAGAAUAAACACUGCGCGCCAGGAGGGGGAGCCGCGUCACGGAGGAGCUCCGCGCACCACGAGCAGUCCACUUCCACAGAUGCGCGCCCGGGUGCUGAUGCUGCUGCGGCGGGUCGAAGCGGAGGAGGAGGUCGAGCGUCUACCGUAGAGGUGGAGACUUGUAAUGUUGCAGGUGUCGGUGACGGCAACACCUCGGCACCGCUUUCCAGCAUGAAAUGCAACAAAAACGGGGAAUGCAGGCGUGACUCCGGCACGGGGAGUCUCCGGUCCAUCAUGUCCAAGACGGACGGGAGUAAACGGGCUGCUUGCAAUUCAACGUCCAGCAUGGACGGAAUCGGAGCCCUAACUCAGGGGCAGGACGCGUCAAACCCCAGUGCGACCCCCAUGUCCACCGGUGUUCCGGAGAAGAAGGACUCGAAAGUGUCCUUUUCCAACGCGCCGAGUCGGAAAGCUUCUUCCUCCAUCCACGGCACCCAGCAGCCCAGGAACUCGUUGACAUUUAUCAAAUCCGAGGAUGCUUCCCAGAUCGGGGCCGAGGAUAGUGAGACCCGGGACAGCCAGGCGAGCUUCAUGCAGCGGCAGUUCAGCAGCAUGCUUCAGCCCGGGGUCAAUAAAUUCUCCUUACGCAUGUACGGGAGUCAGAAAGCGGUGGAGAAGGAGCAAGAACGGGUGAAAUCGGCGGGCAACUGGAUCAUUCACCCCUACAGUGACUUCAGGUUCUACUGGGAUUUCACCAUGCUUCUCUUCAUGGUCGGCAACCUGAUUAUUAUUCCUGUCGGUAUCACCUUCUUUAAAGAGGAGACUUCCACGCCGUGGAUCAUUUUCAACGUAUUCUCUGAUACAUUCUUCCUCAUGGACCUGGUGCUGAACUUUCGCACGGGUAUCAUUAUCGAGGACAAUUCUGACAUCAUUCUGGACCCUAAAACCAUCAAAAAGAAGUACCUGAGGACCUGGUUUGUGGUAGACUUGAUCUCAUCCAUCCCGGUGGAUUAUAUCUUCCUGAUUGUGGAACAGGGCAUAGACUCAGAGGUGUAUAAGACGGCGCGUGCUCUAAGGAUUGUGCGAUUCACUAAGAUCCUGAGUUUGCUGAGGCUACUGCGGCUUUCUCGGCUAAUCCGCUACAUUCACCAAUGGGAAGAGAUCUUCCACAUGACCUAUGACCUGGCGAGUGCAGUGAUGAGGAUAAUUAACUUGAUCGCGAUGAUGUUGUUGCUGUGUCACUGGGACGGGUGUCUACAGUUCCUGGUGCCCAUGCUGCAAGACUUCCCCUCAGACUGCUGGGUAUCCCUCAACAAGAUGGUGAAUGACACGUGGAGUGAGUUGUACUCGUUUGCCGUGUUUAAAGCGAUGAGUCACAUGUUGUGUAUUGGUUACGGCCGUCAGGCUCCGGAGAGUCUCUCUGAUAUCUGGUUGACGAUGCUCAGCAUGAUUGUUGGUGCCACCUGCUACGCCGUCUUCAUCGGACACGCUACGGCCCUCAUCCAAUCACUGGACUCCUCGCGACGCCAGUACCAGGAAAAGUACAAACAAGUGGAGCAGUACAUGUCCUUCCAUAAACUACCGGCAGAUUUCCGACAGAAGAUCCAUGAUUACUAUGAGCACCGUUACCAGGGUAAGAUGUUUGAUGAAGAAAGCAUCCUAGAGGAACUAAACGAGCCGCUUAGAGAGGAAAUAGUGAACUUUAACUGCCGUAAGCUGGUGGCCUCGAUGCCCCUGUUUGCCAAUGCCGAACCCAACUUUGUGACAGCCAUGCUGACGAAGCUCCAUUUCGAAGUCUUCCAGCCGGGCGAUUACAUAAUCCGUGAGGGCACCAUCGGCAAGAAGAUGUACUUCAUUCAACUUGGCGUCGUGACCAUUAUUACCAAAGGAACUGUCGGAAUGAAACUUUCUGAUGGCUCCUACUUCGGAGAGAUCUGUUUGCUGACACGAGGUCGUCGUACGGCGAGCGUGCGAGCAGAGACCUACUGUCGGCUGUACUCUCUCUCCGUGGACAAUUUUAACGAGGUGUUGGAGGAAUACCCCAUGAUGAGGAGGGCGUUUGAGACUGUGGCCAUUGACCGACUGGACCGUUUAGGGAAAAAGAAUUCCAUCCUAAUGAAUAAAGUACAGCACGACCUCAACUCUGGCUCCUUAAACAAUCACGAGAAUGAGAUGAUCCAAGAGAUCGUAAAAUACGACCGUGAGAUGGUAAAGCUGAUAGACCUGCAGCGUCCACGGGCCAUGUCCAUGACGCCAUCCAUCCCAGGCGGGAUGUUUGCUCCACCCGGCCAAUCACAGGGCAGCUCUGCCAUUGCUUCCCUCCAGCAGGCGGUCGCUAUGAGCUUCUGUCCCCAGUUUGGAGGCCCUAUGGUGGGGCCGAGUACCUUGCAGUCACCCAGGAUGGUCAGACGGUUCCAGGUGGUACAAAACCUUGCCAGCCCAGUUGCCAUUUCUCCCCAGCAGGGGCAGCCACCAGGUUCAGUACCAUUUGGAGCACUUGCUGCCGUAGCUUUGGCGAGUACGCCGGUGCAAAGUCCGCUAGUAGCUGCGGCAACUGGUGGACGGACAUUCCAGUAUGGAAGCGGCCCAAUGGGUGUCCGUUCCGGCUCUCAGUUGUCGCUCAUUCAACAGCACGUUCCCAGUCCCACACGACCCACCCUGCUUAAGAGCUCCCUCCCGUUGCACCAAACGGGCAGCAUGACCCAGGACGUCAGAGAUCGGUCUACUUCCCAGUCCUCACUGCCUCAAGAUGGCACUCUACCCGUCGCACCAAGCCCACCGCCAUCAACUCGCGUUUCCUCUACAUCAAUUGGUCCUCCACAAACACCUCAUCCAGCCAUUCCCGGGCCUUCUGGAGUUAGGAGUGCAGUUCCUCAGAGAGUGGUGUUACCCCAUCAAGCGGCAACAGCAGCAGCUGCGGUUGUAAUUUGCCCAUCCACACCACCUCCUACAGGUACCCCACCUGGUACGGUGGGACUGGCGCCUGUGGACUCCGUAAUACGCAAGAAAGAUUCCAUAGUCAGCCUUCCCGAGACGGACUACACAGCCAGAUCCAGGCUAUCGUCCAAUCUCUGACGAGAACUCUGGGACUGUUUGCUAUACUUUGGAAGUCCCAGUUGAUUCGUUUUUGUCUGAGCUCUACCCGAGUUCUGUAUUUAUAGGAGCCUUCCAUGGAGAAGGUAAGCUCGAUGGCUUUUCAUGGGAACCAGUUGACUUAACACUGCUAGAUAUAAAGUCUAUGCUACAAGUAGUUUAACAAGGUUGGAUGCCUCGAUUCCACUUGCUUGUGUAGUUAGCGCCGCCCCUGUAUAGCUUCUAAAGCUUCUAAAUAUAGUUGUCUUUAUUGUCCCGAGUGAAGGGGAAAUAUCCUGUUGUGUUUUACGUGGUGUAUUUUGUAGAGUUCAUACAGUGCAAUCGGGCCUGGGCUGCGACGACAAGAAAAUCAGGGACUUGCAAGAGAUGACAAUGAUGAAAUGUAACGCUUUGCAAAAGUGUUUUGGACUGUCUCCGUUCUUUCAGUAGAGGCUCUACUCAUAGCAAUUGAAUUAAUUGUCUUUCACAUCAUUGUAAAAUAUCAAUGAAAACGUAUUAUGGACCGCUGGUCGAUCUUAUAUCUAAUUGUAAAUAAGAAGGGGAAAAAAGGGAAAAUGUUAUAAUAGAAAAAUAAUUGUAUUUACUCAAACCAAAGUUGAGCUUGAACACAAGCUUUGGUUGUGUCUGUGUCAACUGAGAAAAAGAAGUCAGAUGAAAACUUCCUCUAUUUAACUGCCUUGAUUCCAAGUUUAGAAGCCAUAUUCAUGGUUUGUGUGUGCGUGUGUAUUUGUUUGUGCGCUUGAUCAUAUUUGCUUAUUAUAAAUUUUUAUUUAUUUAUUUUUUCUCAAAAGGGAGUGCAAUGCACAUGUAGUGGAAUGCUUGUAUUUUUAUGUCGUUUUGUCUGGUUUGUUGAGUGGGUUUCUUAAUAAAGGCAAUACUUCGCUGCAUCAAGGUUGCACAUGAGUGUUAGACUUUUAAGAAAUUGGUGUUCUCCAGAACACAUUAAAAUUAGCAGACAGAA